UCGGUCGUUUGUUUUCGUUAUCCACUUUCAAGUUUAUAAAAUCUUACAAUGGAAUGCUGCAGAUCAUUUGGUAAGAGUCAGUGUCAGUGACAGCAGCAGCAUCACGAGAGAAAAUGAAAGUGAUUUUUUGAACUUGAAUAAAUACAAAAAAUAUGGUUAUAAGAGAUAAUUGAUAAAAAAUUGAAAUUUUAUGAGAGAUUUUAACACAAAAUAUACAUUUAAUAAAGUGAUAACAAGCAAACGAUAUAAAAUACGAAUUAAACAUGGAUUCAAAGGAGUUUCGUGAAUUUGGCAAGGCAGCAAUUGAUUUCAUUGCCGAUUACAUGGACACUAUUCGUGAACGCGAUGUAUUACCAUCAGUUUCACCUGGAUAUUUGUUUGACCUACUCCCAAAAGAAAUCCCAGAAGCUCCAGAAAAGUGGCAGAACAUAUUAUCGGACAUCAAUACAACUAUAAUGCCCGGACUUACACAUUGGCAAUCUCCAAAUAUGCACGCUUAUUAUCCAACAGCAACAUCAUUUCCAUCAAUUGUGGGAGAAAUGCUAUCCAGUGGGUUCGGAGUGAUUGGUUUUAGUUGGAUUUGUAGUCCAGCAUGCACCGAACUAGAAGUUGUCGUAAUGGAUUGGCUUGCAAAAUUCCUCAAUCUCCCUAGUGAAUUUCUGCACUCAUCCGAAGGACCUGGCGGUGGUGUUAUUCAAGGUUCCGCUAGUGAAUCAGUUUUAGUUGCAGUGUUAGCUGCUCGAGAACAAGCAGUUAAGCGAAUUCAAACAGAACAUCCAGAUUUGUCCGAGAGCGAAAUUCGUGGUCGCUUGAUGGCUUAUUCAGGAGAUCAAAGUAACAGCUGUAUUGAGAAAGCUUGUGUUCUAUCAGCUGUUCCAUAUCGUCUUCUACCAGCUGGUGAUGAUUUGGUUCUUCAUGGAGAGGCUCUCCGUCAAGCUGUUGAAGAAGAUAAAGCCAAAGGCUUGUUCCCCAUCAUUUGUAUUGCAACAGUGGGAACAACUGGAACAUGUGCCUACGAUGAUGUUCAGGGCUUAGGACAAGUUUGCAAAGAGGAAAAUAUUUGGCUGCACGUAGACGCUGCUUAUGCUGGAGCUGCAUUCGCUCUUCCCGAAUAUAAUGAGCUUCUUCGAGGCUUAGAGUUGGUAGAUUCAUUGAACUUUAAUCUCCAUAAGUUUCUUUUGGUUAAUUUCGAUUGUUGUGCAAUGUGGCUUCGUGACGCUAAUCAAGUUAGUGAUAGCUUCAACGUGGAUCGGAUUUACUUGAAGCAUAAAUACGAAGGAAAAUCUCAAGUUCCAGACUACAGACAUUGGCAGAUUUCACUCGGAAGACGCUUCAGAGCUCUAAAAGUUUGGAUUACUUUCCGAUCAAUCGGAGCCGAAGGAUUGAGGGCUCAUGUUCGCAAGCACAUUGCACUUGCUGAGCAGUUCGAAAAGUUCGUCUUGAAUGAUAAGCGUUUUGAGAUUGUUGCCAAGCGUGCUCUUGGAUUGGUAUGUUUCCGAUUACGUGGAGACAAUAGUUUAACAACGAGUCUACUUGAUCGUUUGAUGGACCGUAAAAAGGUUUAUUUGAUUCAAGCCAAAUACAAAGAUACACAUUUUUUGCGUUUUGUCGUUUGUGGCUAUAAUGCAGAGGAAAAAGAUGUCGAUUUUGCAUGGAAGGAAAUCAAAGAACAAGCUGAAUUAGUUUUAGGAAGUAACAAAGAAAACAAGUCCAUCGAACCUUUAAAAGAACAUGCAGUUAAAAAUGAUGUUGGUCAAAUUACAGAAAAAAUCGCAUUGCUUUUAAGUAGUGAUUGCGAGAAACUACAGUGAAAUAUUUUAAUUUAAGCUUUUUUUGUUAAUAAUUUAUAUCAAUAUAUUAAUAAUUAUAAUAUCAUACCUUAACGAGGCAGUUUAAUGUAGUUUAAAA